CUGACACAGUUCUUUCAAAGAUGGCGGCCUCCGAAGAAGGAAGCGACUUUACUGAAGAACAACUUCAAAUUAUAGCUCAUUUUCAGGAUAUUACCGCAAUAGACGACGUCGAUGAAUGUAGACAAAUCCUUGAACGUCAUCAAUGGGAUAUCGAGACUGCAGUUCAAGAUACAUUCAAUAAGGCAGAAGGAGCUGCAACAGUUUUUCACCAUGAACCGCUUGAAGGAGAUGAUCAAAGUAGCUCACAAGAUGAAGAGGACAAUGUCACUGACAAUGGUGUAAUUAGUAAUACGUUACCAGAGGCAACUGCUACUCAGGAAAGUGCAAUUGUUGUACAUAACCAGGGAUUUUUCGGAUGGAUGAUGUCACUGUURUUGUUCCCUUUCAAGUUUUCUUCAAGUGUUGUGGUUGAUAUUUUUAGAUUUGUAGUGCGAAUGGUUUGGCCUUCAUUCUUCCACCCACGUAGAACAGCUCUAGAAGAUGUGUUAAUGUUCAAAGAAUAUUUUGAGUCAAARUAUGGAUGUGUUCACCCCACCUUUUAUCAAGGCACUUAUAGCCAGGCUCUUAGUGAUGCUAAAAAGGAAUUAAGGUUUCUUCUAGUAUAUCUUCACUCUGAAGAACAUCAAGAUACCUCUGAAUUUUGUAGUUCCACAAUGKCGAAUUCUGGUUUUAAAGAGUAUGUUAAUGGUAAUAUGCUGUUCUGGGCAUGUGAUGUGAAUUCAGCUGAAGGWUAUAGAGUGUCUAAAGCCCUACGUGAAACAACAUAUCCUUUUCUUGCUCUCAUCUGUUUAAGAGAUAAUAGAAUGGCAGUGGUUGGACGGAUGCAAGGAAUUUUGCCAGUUGAUCGAUAUGUAUCAAUAUUGUCACAGCUUAUUGCAGAUAAUGAACCAAGUCUUGUUGCCGCAAGGGUAGACAGGCAAGAAAGAAGUCAAACUCAGACACUGAGGGAUGAGCAAGAUUUAGCAUACCAACAGUCACUACUUGCAGACAAAGAAAAGGAGAGACGAAAAAGAGAAGAACAAGAAAAGAAAAAGCAAGAAGAAGAUGCCAAAAGACAAAAACAAGAAGCUAUAAAGAACAAACAAGAGUCUAUAGCACGGUUAAGAGUACAAAAGAAAGAACAAUUACCAGAGGAACCUGAUCCAGGAUCRCCUGGGGUAUUUCGUGUUCUGGUGCGGCUUGCAAAUGGCACAAGAUUAGAAAGAUAUUUUUUUAAAUCACAUACUCUUCAGACUUUGUAUGAUUUUGUGUUUUGCUGUGAAGAGGCUCCUGUAGAAUUCAGACUUAGUUCACCAUUCCCUAAAAAAGUUUACGAACUUAUUAAUCCAGAYGAUACGUUGGAAAGUGUUGGAAUAUGUUCCUCAAUUACUCUUUAUGUCCAGGACCUAGCAGAGGACAGCGACAGUGAAUGAUAAAAGAUAUAUUAUAAAUAAUUUAUAUUUGAGAAUGCAGUUGUUGUUAAAUUUUAUUCCAGAAAACCAUUUUUUUAAGAAACAGUACUUAAGGCAACGUACAAAGAACAAGAAAUGUUUCUUUGCCUAGCGAGUAACUGACCAUAAAAACUUACUUAAAAUGAUUGUCAUUGAAUUUGUAAUUUAAUAGUCUCCUUCACGGUUACUUGCGCUAUCUUGAAAGGUAGCUGUGCUUUUACAUCGAAGCGAGACAACCGUUGAGCAUGCAAUGAUAGAUACCUGUGAAUAAUUGUCUGUAGGUGUAAAAAAAGGUUUCUAUCGUUGCAUGCUCAAUGGUCGUUUUGCUUCGAUGCAAAGGCACGGCUACCUUUCAAGAUGGCGCAGSKAACCGUGAAGGAGACUAUUGUACUUUAUAAACCAAAGGRGAACUUUCAUGCUUUGUGAAACUUUCUGGAAUACUCUAAAAAAUUAUGUAAUUAUUUAAGUUUAUUUUAGGGUUUACAUUAUUUUUUAAAGAGCUCCCAACAAGCAUUUUGACAUGCGUGGUAUAUUAUUGAUUUAUUAAUAUUAAACUUCAUAGCAUC